AUGUGCCUAUUCCCCGGACUGGUGCCAGGAGCACACGAGGGACGGGGACUCGGCAAUAAGUUCUUGGAUGAUCUACGACAUGCAGAUGCCUUGAUCCACGUCGUUGACGUUAGUGGUACUACAGACGCCGAGGGUAAGGCAACAAGAGGAUACGACCCCACACAUGAUAUUGAAUGGCUGCAAGAUGAGAUUUUCCGGUGGAUUCGAGGUAACCUAACCGGUAAAUGGGGCUCGAUCGCCCGACGACACACGGCGACGAAAUCGUCGGUUGUAGAUACGCUUGCAAAUCAAUUCAGCGGCUAUGGUGCCACUAAAGAACUUGUGGCUCGAGCAAUAUCGCUGGCAGAGGUGCAAGCAGCAAAAAAGUUUGAAGUAGAGCCUGGGAAACCGACGCUGCCUGCUCUCGAACAUUGGCAGGACGAACACAUUGAUCUUGUGGUUCGGUGCUUUACAGCCGAAAAGUUCCCCACUGUACUUUCUUUGAAUAAGGUUGAUCAUGCCGAUAGCGAUGCCAACAUUUCGAAAAUUGCCCUAAAAUACCCAGAGGUCCCCCAGGUGGUAUCGUCUGCGAUCAGCGAAGUGUUUCUGAAGAAGCUCGUGAAACAAAAAUACAUCAUUUAUGAGCCCGGAACGGAAUUUGUUGAUACUAAAGAGGACCUUCCUGACUCUGAUCUGAAAGAGCUGGAUGAAAAACUAAAAGCUCGGGUUGAAACGGUUCGCGAUCUUGUGCUGUACCGCUUUGGGUCUACUGGGGUCGCCCAGGCUCUGCGAGAAGCAAUUGAGGUCCUCAAACUUGUACCAGUUUUCCCGGUCAAAAAUAUAAACAACUUUGGCGGCAAGUCUGUCUUUCCAGACUGUUUAUUAGUGCGCCGUGGAACCACGGUCGGACAAGUGAUGCGUAAAAUAAUGGGCGAUGCACCGGUUCUCUGGAUAGAAGGGGUUGGCUCAAUUAAACUGUCUGAAGACGAUGUCGUUAGCGAGGGCAAGAACGAUGUCCUUUCGUUCAAAGUUGGUCAUUGA